AUGGCGGUGCACCUGGCGCGCUCAGACCGCUCCCGCGCGGCCCCGCUCGCCGCCGCCGCCGACGUCGCCGCCGCCGCUUCCGCCGCGGUCUCGCGGGAGCGCGCGGGGCGCCUGCUCUGGUCCGCCGUCGCCGCGCGGCUUGCGGCCGCGCGCGUGGGGACGCGGGAUCAAGAUGGGGAGGGGAAGGACCUCGCUCUCUUCACCGCGCACCAGAUCGCGUUCGCCGGGGACGUGUACGGCCCGCUGUGUCGAGACCUGGCGUCGCACGCGCCCGCGCUGCGCCAGAUCCUCGCGGUGCUGACAGAACGCGUCAGGCCCGACGGCGGCGGCGGCGGCUGGGACGGCAGGGGCGAGGACACUGUCAGCAACUGCCUAAGGCUGCUGCAGGGCGCGGUGGAUGCUGACCCAGACGCGACGCUGGCGGGCGGCUCAGCGGCGGCCGUUGCCGCCGCGCUGCGCGCCGCCGGCGGGACGAAGGGGCGCGCGCGUGACAGGACCCGCGCUUACCUGCUGCAUAAUGUGGCGGCGCUGGCGGCUAAUUGCGCCACCAUCCCCGGCGGAGACCGCUGGACGAUUGAGCUCGCGGCGCCGCGGCAUGGCGCGCUGCGCGCACUGGUCAAGGCCGCGCGCGCCGGGCCCGCCGCGUUUACGGCGCCGGGCGGCAACCCCAGGGCCGACGUCUUGCUCGUUGACCCUGUGGUUUUGGGCGCCCACGUCGCAUGCGUCCUCGGCGCCAUCGCCUACUCCAUGAGGGAUCCCAUCGAUGCCGCUACCGCGGCGCCCGCAGCGGCGAGGGACGCGGCCGCGGCGGUGCUGCCGCCUGAUGCAGAGUUGCGGGCCCUCGUGUGGGGCGGCCUCGCGGCGGGCGGCCGGGAGGGGCUGGCCUGCGCGCGGGCCGUGGCGCUGCGCUCGAGAGCCGCGCGAUAUGACCUGGCCGCCACGCCCGGCGUGCUUGCCUGGCUGGCGGCGGCGGCCAUCGACGGCGCGGGCGUCCCCGGCCCCGCCGGAUCGACGUCGGGCUCUGCGCUGCAGCUGCUGCACACACUCAGCGGCGGCCGGCCCGGCCAGCCGCCGGAGCGCGGCUGCGUGCCGUGCACGGACGCCGGGUGCGUGGACCCGAACUGCUCCAUGAACUUCCGCGCGCCAAACGCGGCAGUGGCGCGCGAAAGGGCGGCCCUUGGCCUGCAGGCCAUUGCCAGGUUUGCAGUCGCCGGCGAGGAUGAUGGGAACGACGCGAUGCCGGCCGCCAACGCCGCCGCGGCGCUCGAGGCGCUGCAGGCCGGGCGGCUGCGCGGCGGCGUCGCGAGCGGCCUGGGCGGCGGCGCUGGCGCGGCAGCUGGGGCGCCGGUCGCGCCGGUGCUGGCGCGGCAGAAAGCGAAGGCGUCUUGCGCAGCCUGCGGCGCUGACCAGGCACAGGACGGUUUAAAAUUCAAAAAGUGCGGCGCCUGCGGGAUACCAAGGUGA